GGGUGCUGGAUGUGGGGUGCUGGAUGUGGGGAGCUGGAUGCAGGCUCGGGGUGAGCUCCUCAGCAGCUGAAGGCUGCAGAGGCUCUGCCAGGAGCUUGGUUCCCCGUUUCUGAGGCUGGUUGUGGUGGUCUGGGUGAAGGCACAGACAUGGGGGCGCUGUGAGGGGGGACAGGCUGGGGACCACAGGCUCGAAGCCCGGUUCGGGGGUCUGACACUUGGUUUGCCGCGGCUGGGGACUCCCUGCCCGGACUCUCCGGUAUCCUCCGCGUCGUGCCUCACUCUUUGGGGGUGUCUCGGCACCGAGGCAGAGGGUGGGAGCAGCGCGGGCGUCCGGGCAGUGUCACGCGUGGGUCUCCCGCCUGGGCAGAGGGUCCCGAGGGGAGGGGAUAGGGCAGAGGGGCCGCCCCGGAGCCGGCUGCUGGCUGGCUAGAUUGCUGUCCCUCCUCCUCCUCCUCCUCCUCUCCCCCCACCCCCCUCUUCCUCCUCCUCCUCCUCCUCGCUCCCUCUCUCCGCCCGGCGCCGGGGCAGCUCCCACCGGAGGCGCUGGGGACAUGGAGCGGACCUGAGCCGGGCGCGGCGGCGGCGGAGCCCGCACCGGUACCAGCACCAGCACCCGCACCGGCACCCGCACCGGCACCAGCACCCGCACCGGCACCCGCACCGGCAGCGGCACCCGCACCGGCACCCGCACCGGCAGCGGCACCCGCACCGGCAGCGGCACCGGGGGCACAGCGCGGAGCAGCCCUUUAUCUCUCCCCUUGUUUCACUUGUGCCUGGCCAGAGCUGCUGCUGGAUUUGGGGGACUCUGAUCUGGGUCAUGCAGGAGGUGAAAUCCCUUUGGAGCAGAGGAAUAGCUUUUCUGGCCCCUGGAGCUCUCGGCAGCCUUCUGGGCAGAUGGAGCUUGUGGCUUUCCACGGGAGCACCGCUGCCAGCAUGUCCAUGAGGAGCCCUGUUUCUCCCCCUCUGGAGCUGGAUGGAGCAGGCAGCAUGGUGAACUGCAGCAUCAAGACAGAGGAGAAGAAGGAGGUGGGUUAUGAGUCCCCGCCAGGGGCUGCCCCCAGCACCGAGCCCCGGCCCAGCGACCCACCGGGACCACCAGCGAGGGAAGGCAGCGACCCCCAGCCCCUCACACAGGAGUCCCACUCACCCGCCAGCGAUGCGCUGGAGCCCCGGCGCUCUGCCUUUGAGCCACCUGCCAGUGCUCAGGAGAAGCUGGACUUCAACAGGAACUUGAAAGAGGUGAUGCCAACCAUCGAGAAGUUACUGUCCAGUGACUGGAAGGAGCGGCUGCUGGGCCGGAACAUGGCUGAGUCCAAGGAACUGAAAGGAACCCAGGAGAGCCUGGCAGAGAAGGAGCUCCAGCUGCUUGUCAUGAUCAACCAGUUGUCCACGCUGAGGGACCAGCUCCUGACAGCCCACUCGGAGCAGAAGAACAUGGCAGCGAUGCUCUUUGAGAAGCAGCAGCAGCAGAUGGAGCUGGCACGGCAGCAGCAGGAGCAGAUUGCCAAGCAGCAGCAGCAGCUCAUCCAGCAGCAGCACAAAAUCAACCUGCUGCAGCAACAGAUCCAGCAGGUCAACAUGCCCUAUGUGAUGAUUCCUGCCUUCACCCCCAGCCACCAGCCUCUCCCAGUCGCCCCCGACUCCCAGUUAGCACUGCCCAUCCAGCCCAUCCCCUGCAAACCAGUGGAUUACCCAGUGCAGCUGCUGCACAGCCCCCCUCCUCCCACGCUGAAGAGACCCGCCGGCUCGGGCCACCUCCAGAUGCAGGAGACCUCGCAGCCACUGAACCUUACAGCCAAACCCAAAGUUUCUGACCUCCCCAGUGCCUCCAGCUCGCCCAGUUUGAAGAUGAGCAGCUGCCAGUCCCUCACGCCAAGUCAUGGCACCACCAGAGACCUGCAGACCAGCCCAUCCAACCUGCCUCUGGGGUUCCUGGGGGAAGGUGAUGCCAUCACCAAAGCCAUCCAAGACGCUCGGCAGCUGCUGCAUGGCCACAGCGGAGCCCUGGAGGGAUCCCUGAGCAACCCCUUCCGCAAGGACCAUGUUGGGAUUGAUUCUUCCCCAGGGAAGGAGCGGAUGGAGGAGACCUCUGCACCCCGGCUGGAUGAGGCUCUGCUGACCUGUGAGAUGGAUGGUUCACGGCACUUCCCCGAGUCCAGGAACAACAACCACAUCAAGCGGCCCAUGAACGCCUUCAUGGUGUGGGCAAAGGAUGAGAGGAGGAAGAUCCUGCAGGCCUUCCCAGACAUGCACAACUCCAGCAUCAGCAAGAUCCUGGGCUCCCGCUGGAAAUCCAUGACCAACCAGGAGAAACAGCCUUACUACGAGGAACAAGCCCGGCUGAGCCGGCAGCACCUGGAGAAAUACCCCGACUACAAGUACAAGCCGCGGCCCAAGCGCACGUGUAUCGUGGAGGGGAAGCGCCUGCGCGUGGGCGAGUACAAGGCGCUGAUGAGGAACCGGCGCCAGGAUGCCAGGCAGGGCUACUUGCUGGGGCCCCAGGGCAACCAGCUGCCCCCGGCGUCCUCGGAGGUGCUGUACCAGCGGGCGGUGGGCGUGCAGCUGGCACCUCCUCUGCUGGAGCACUACCUGCCCCGUGGCAUGGAGCCCAACAUGCCAGUCAUCAUCAACACACGCAGCCUGAAGGAUGCUGGUGAUGGGGAGGACGGGCACUCGGUGCCUGAGGGCGACAUGUUCCGCUACAGCGAGGACGAGGAGUCGGAGGGCGAGGACAAGAGCGACGGAGAGCUGGUGGUGCUGACGGACUGA